AUCACCACCACCCCACAACCAUCCACCCACAAUGACCACUGACGACUUCCCGCGCCACUCGCUCAACUGCGACAUGGGAGAGGGGUACUACCGCUGGGCGCUCGGGCCCGACGAGGAGCUCUUCCCCCUGAUCGACUUCUGCAACGUCGCGUGCGGCUUCCACGCGGGGGACCACAACACGAUGCUCAAGACUGUGCGGUCGGCCAUCAAGCACGGCGUGCGGAUCGGCGCACACCCGGGACUGGACGACGUGCGCGGGUUCGGGCGGCGUAAGCUCGAGGUUACGGACGACGAGGUGUACGCCAUGGCGCUGUACCAGCUCGGCGCGCUCAAGGCCAUUGUCGAGGCGGAAGGGGCCAAGGUGUCGCACGUCAAGCCCCACGGCAUGCUCUACUUCAUCAUCCGCGACGACGCCGCCAAGAUGCGCGCGUUCAUGAAGGCCCAGACGUCCAUCUUCGGCACGACAAUCCCCUUCUUCGGCCUCAAGGGCACGCCGCACGAGGCCGUCGCCGCCGAGUUUGGCGUGCGCUUCAUCCCCGAGCUGUUCUGCGACAUCGACUACGACCCAAGCGGCAAGCUGCUCGGCGUGCCGCAGAGCCAUGCGCCGACGGCCGAGCUGAUCGGGAGGAAGCUCGACAGGCUCUUCUCGAAGGCGGAGACCAUCGACAUCGACGGGAACCCCCUGCCCCUCGACGCGGCCAAGGGCCCCUUCACGAUCUGCCUGCACUCGGACAUGCCGACGGCCGUGGCCAAUGUUUCUGCCGCGCGCGAGGUUGUCGACCGCUACAAGACUGCUGCGGCUUAGGCGACGGGAUACGUGUCAGGGUUGUAGGACAUAGGGC